AUGACUGCUAGCUCGAGUGCCUCAAACGAACCAGCGAAGCCGUCUCCUCAGCUUUCCCCGGAUCUCCCGAGCACUACCACGUACCUAACAGGUCAUAAUGACGAGGGAAAGGCAAUUGUUCAAUCUGCGCGGCCAGCAGCGUGGAAGGCUUUUGAAGGGGGUAUUAUGGGUUUCAAUCAGAUUUAUACCAACAAAUUUCUGCCCGAUUUGAACGACGAUGCCGACAUAAAAUUCCACGAGGAAAUAAUCGCGGGGGGAAACCUCGGGUUAGCUACUAAAGGCGGGACCGUCUGUCGCAUGGUCGACUUUGGGCCGCAAUAUGAGUGUAUGAUGCAUAGGACCAAGUCUCUGGACUUUGGUAUACUGAUCGAGGGAGAACUGGAAUUGAAACUAGAUGACGGGAGUAUCACGAAUAUGAAGCGUGGUGAUAUAGCAGUUCAACGAGCAACGAUGCACGCCUGGCGCAAUCCGAGUACUACUAACUGGGCUCGUAUAGUGUUUGUGCUUCAGGAUACGCAGCCAUUGUUCAUCGGAGGGAAGAAAUUUGGAGAAGACUACGGUAGAGGUACUAAAGACCUUCCGCCGAGUGGAAACGACGAAUAA